AUGGUUCAGUAUCAAAAUCAAAAAGAGGAUGGACAAUUACAAGAUCAGACGAGUGCCAGAACAAACACGCUGUUUGACGAUGCAGAUGAUAUACAGAGGCAACUUGAUAACGAAGCUAGGGAUCGCAUUAAAUUUGGCAGACCAAAAACUAUUUGGGUCUUCCAUUUUCCAACGCAUUUUCCUGACCACAACUCCAUAGAUGAAGAUCCUCCUGAAAACCAAAUUAGAUAUCCGCGGGACUUGAUUCUAAGAAAAAAGCCUCAAGAAAAGAAUGAAGUUCAUGUUGAUGCCAAUUUGAUGACGCCGCCGUUGCGUCAAGGAAAAUGGGCAAAAUCGUUCCCAGAAUGCGGUGGAAAAUCUCAGUCUCCAGUUGAUUUACCAACAGCGGGGUUCAUAAAGGCGAGAGGUGCAAGAGCACUACUUUUCCAAAACUUCGAUGUGCAGCCACAAAAAUUAACGUUCAUGCAUGAUGGUCAACGAGUAAUUCUUUUCGGAGAAUGGAAAAGCGAUCAGCGUCCUCUUAUCUACGGCGGUGCUGCCCAUAGUCGACGAUACCUGUUCCACUCCCUCACUCUCCACCUACCAGCAGAACAUACAAUUGGUGGUCUUCAGUACCCAGCCGAAACUCAAGCAUUUUAUGUAUCAGCUGAAUAUAAGAACAUGGAACACGCUUUGGAUGCAUCUCCUAGCGAUCCACAGGCUUUUCUUGCAGUUGCUAAUAUGUAUAAGUAUUCAAACCACUCACACGCGGGCUUACAAGAACUUCUAGAAUUAUCAAAGACAGUGCGUUACCGAAAUGUUACUAUGAAGAAAACGAAACCUCUCAGUUAUUUCAAUCCUCCAUUCAAAGAGUACGCUUGCUAUCAAGGCUCCAUGCCAACUCCACCUUGCACUGAAUCUGUUCUCUGGCUCAUUAGAGGAAGGGCAUUGUCUGUCCAGAGGGAAUUGGUGGAAGAGAUCCUCCUGCGAGCAACAGCGGAACCAAGACAAAUGACCUUCCGUACUCCUCAACCGCUGAAUGACAGGAAAGUUUAUCUUUUCAAAGGAGUUACACGCUCGACAAAUUAUGAAACCGUAUCUAGGAUCGCCAGAAAAAUGCCAGAAAUUUUAAAACAAUUGGGGAAUUGUACCAACAUCAGAGGAGUCAUUUGUUUCUGAUCUUUUGGGAGCCUGUUUUGUAUAGCUCGAACUGAUCCAUUCGCUGAAGCCCGACUCUCCUGCAUCAGAAAGAACCAAAUGAAAUGAUUGACGCAAACAAAAAUUUCUCGUAUAUUUUGAGGUACGAAAAAU